AGAGCAGAAAGGAGAUGAGACGAGAGAAGCAAAGGAAAUGGCCACCGGCGACAUCCCGUCGAUUGAUAUGCAAGACUUUCCUAGGCAAUCCCGGAGGCUGAGAGAAGCAUGCGAGGAAUGGGGUUGUUUCAGAGUUGUUAACCAUAGCAUCCCUCCAUCUUUAUUGUCUGAAAUGAAGUCCGUCGUCGGAUCUCUCCUUGACCUUCCCCUGGAAAUCAAAUGCCGGAACACUGACGUGAUAGCUGGCAGCGGCUACAUGGCACCCAGCAAGGUCAAUCCUCUCUACGAGGCCUUGGGUCUCUACGACAUGGCCUCCCACCAGGCUGUGGAUGCAUUUUGUUCUCAGUUAGAUGCCUCUCCUCACCAAAGGGAGACAAUAAAGAUCUACGCCAAAGCAGUGCAGGAGCUGGCCAUGGAUAUCGGGAACAAGCUGGCAGAAACCAUGGGGUUAGGAGGCGAUUUGUUCAAGGAAUGGCCCUGCCAGUUUAGGAUAAACAAAUACAACUUCACUCCUGAAACUGUGGGUUCCCCUGGCGUCCAAAUCCACACAGAUUCCAGCUUCCUUACCAUACUCCAGGACGAUGAAAAUGUAGGGGGCCUUGAAGUGAUGGACAAGUCUGGCGCAUUUAUUGCGGUGGAUCCCAUGCCAGGGACUCUCCUUGUCAAUCUGGGAGACAUUGCCACGGUGUGGAGCAACGGAAGAUUGUGCAACGUGAAGCAUAGGGUACAAUGCAAGGAGGCAGCAGUGCGAUUGUCAAUUGCUUCUUUUCUGCUAGGGCCCAAGGAUGCAGCAGUGGAAGCCCCGCCGGAGCUGGUGGACUCCGAACACCCUCGCCUUUUUGUUCCCGUCACCUAUGAGGAUUAUAGAAAACUCCGCCUCUCUACCAAAUUGCAGGCUGGUGAAGCUCUGGCGCUUGUGCGCGUCGACUCCUAGACAAAAAGAAAAAGAGGGUUCCACUGUUCCAGUGUUGCCUUGGUGAUGUUUUUAUGCUUAAUAAAUUAUUAAUUGGGAGCAUGGUUAGUUUUGAAUGUUUACAGAUCUCUACUCUUCUUUUAUGGCCAAAAA